ACCCUGAUCAUGAAGAUGCUGACUUCACAGUAUGAUGGGCAAAGUGGAAUCAGGUAGCACAUUAUGAGCAUGUGUGACAUGGCAAAUAAGCUGAAGACACUGGAUAUGGCUAUCUCUGAUGGUUUUCUGGUGCACUUCAUCAUGACUUCUCUGCCAGUACAGUACAGUCCCUUCAAAAUAAGCUACAACACUCAGAAGGCGACUUGGAGCAUGGCUGAGCUCAUUAGCUACUGUGUUGAGGAAGAAGAAAGGCAGAAAGCUGAGAGGAUGAAGGAUGCUGUCAACAUGGUCAGCGAGCGCUUUGGGCGUGUUAGCAUGAGCAACACUCCUAAGCAUCAGGCUGAAUCUGGCAGCAGCAGGCAGCAUAAGAGAAAGUUUAAGGGCCAUAAGAGCAAGGCCGUGUCACAUAAGAAGACCUCUAAUGAGAGGCUGUGCAAGUUCUGCAAGUCACCUAAACAUGAGCAGAAGGAUUGCCAUGGAUUUAAGGAGUGGCUUAAGAACAAAGGUAUUCAGUUCGAUCCGAACUAUAAGAGAGGGGGAGCGAAGUCUAAGAGUGGCUGAUGGCAAUGAAGUGAAGGUUGAAGGCAUUGUGAGCUUCAAUUUGGAGUUACCAGGUGGCUUCAACCUUAGUUUGCAUGAUGUUCUUUAUGUUCCCAGUUUGAAGAGAAACCUUAUUUCUGUUUCGCGUUUAGAUAAGUCGGGACAUAUUUGUGAGUUUGGCAACUCUGUGUGCAACAUUAAAUUUCAUAAUUUAAGUGUGGGCCUUGGUCAUUUGCAAGGCGAUCU